GUUCCUCCAGCGACAACAGCACGUUGACAGAGCUGCUGCUCUCGCCGUACCUCUGGGUGCUCUCCACAGGCUACCUGGUCGUUUUUGGGGUGAAAACCUGCUGUACCGACUGGGGACAGCUCUUCCUCAUCCAGGAGAGGGGCCAAUCCGUGCUUGUGGGCAGUUCCUACAUGAGUGCCUUGGAGAUCGGGGGGCUGGUGGGGAGCAUUGCAGCCGGAUACCUUUCCGACAGAGCGGUCGCCAGAGUGGGGCUGUCAAGCUACGGGAACCCUCGGCACGCGCUGCUGCUUUCCAUGAUGGCCGGGAUGUGCGUGUCCAUGUUCCUGUUCCGUGUCACCGUCACCGGCGAGUCUCCCAAGGACAAUCCUUUCUGGACUGUAGCCUUGCAACCUCUAGCUGCGCUUACAGGCCUAAAAGAACAUGAGGUUUCUGCCUUGCGGCUGGAAAAUCAGAGGGCACUUCCUUCCGGGCCCCUUGAAACGGUGUUUCUGGCUCAAAAAGCACGCCGUGACCUCGGCCGGCCGAGUCGCGUGCCCUUCCGCGAGGGACUGGUUGUUACCUCGGGGCACGAGCGGAGGCUGCAGCUGGGGCUGCUGGGG